UUUGUUUUUUUAGCCAGUGUGAAACGUACAUAUUUAGUUGAAAAUUAACUAAAAAUGACGGCUACAUUGCGUUAUCGUGGUGACAAAAGUAACAUUAUUGAGUUAGCCAAGAAUUUAGAUGCAUUCAAGAAAGUACCCGAAAAAUAUACGGUGACAACAGAAAUCGGUGGCACAUUAUCAUUACUCAGUCGUCUGCUCAUUAUUUACCUUGUUUACAAGGAAGUAUGCUAUUACAGAGAAGCUAAUCUCAUAUAUCAAUUUGAACCGGAUAUCGACAUGGAUGAUAAGGUGCAAAUGCAUGUCGACUUAACCGUGGCCAUGCCAUGUCCAUCUCUUUCCGGUGUUGAUCUUAUGGAUGAGACUCAGCAGGAUGUUUUUGCAUAUGGUACAUUGCAACGAGAAGGAACUUGGUGGGCUUUACCUGAAGAGGAACGAUUACAAUUUGAACGCAUGCAACAUAUGAAUACAUUCCUACGGGAAGAAUAUCAUUCCGUUGCGGAUAUACUUUUUAAGGAUAUUAUUAAAAAUAAUGAUAUGAUUACUAAACCACUGAAGAAUAUCAAAACCCUGCACGAGGAGCAAUACGACGCGUGUCGCUUGCAUGGCACUUUGGGUAUUAAUAAGGUUGCUGGAGUGCUGCAUUUGGUUGGCGGAGCACAACCAUUUGUCGGCCUCUUCGGGGAUCAUUGGACGAUUGAUUUUCGAAGAACACCAACUAACUUUACGCAUCGCAUCAACCGCCUUAGCUUUGGACAAUAUUCCCGUCGCAUAGUACAACCGCUGGAGGGCGAUGAGACUGUGGUGGCCGAUGAGGAGACGACAGUACAGUAUUUUUUGAAAAUUGUGCCAACCGAAAUACAUAAAACUUUUACGACCAUCAAUACGUACCAGUAUUCAGUAACGGAGAAUGUACGUCAACUGGAUUCAACCAAAAAUUCGUACGGGUCUCCUGGCAUCUAUUUCAAAUAUGAUUGGUCGGCGUUGAAGAUAAUUGUACGCACUGAUCGCGAUAAUCUCCUGCAAUUUACAAUUCGUCUCUGCUCAAUAAUUGCCGGCAUCAUUGUAAUCUCUGGCAUUUUGAAUUCUUUAUUGGUUUCUCUGCAGCGUGUAACUAUUAAGACAUUAGCGCCGCAACUGUUGCAGCAAUCAGUAAAUCAUACGACCACUCCAUCCUUCGAUGGUGCAAAUACAUGUAAAAUGCAAAUUGGGGAUUCCAAGAUCAACACAACGAAAAUACUUUCGAAUAAUCUCAUAAAUACGGCGAACAGCAUGUCCAGCAGCGUAAGUUUGCUAAGUACAAAUGUGCCACAAACGACGAGCGGCAUUGCAACUUAUGUGCACAUAGCUGCUGAUGAAACGCCAGAGAAGUACCUAGAGCCAAAAGAAUAAAAGUGCAGAGAAUGGAAACAUCAACUGCUUGAGUUUCACUACCGACCCUUUGUAUGCCUUCAUUUAGAAUCUCAUUAAUAAAUUAAAAAAAACAAAAACAAAUUUAGGGAUAUGUAUGUACAUAUGCACAUGUACUAUACUCGUAUUUGAAUAUUUAUGCAUUAAUAAUACAUGUUAUAUAUGAAUGUAUGUAUGUAAGUAAUUUUGUGAAAUAUCACAUGUAGCGAUCAGCGGAAAAAUAUUAUACUUUAAUAAAACAUGUUUAUUUCUUGA